AUGCAGCGACUGUGUGCGUAUGUGCUGAUCUUGGUGCUGGCUCUGGCCACCUUCUCUGAAGCUUCUUGGAAGCCCCGCUCCCACCUGCAAGAUGCACCCUCGGGUCCAGGGGCCAAUAGGGGCCAGGAGCCACGUGGGCUGGACCGGCUGGGCCCAGCCUCUCACCACCGAAGGCAGCUGGGGCUCCAGGAUCCCUCACACUUGAUAGCAGGCCUGUCCAAGAAGCAGGGACCGUGGGUGGAAGAGGAAGCAGCAUAUGGCUGGAUGGACUUCGGCCGCCGCAGUGCCGAAGAAGCGGACCUAGGCCCCUAGAGCCAAGCUUGAGAGCCCAGCCACCUCCCAGCCCAGCCUAGCCCAGCCCCAUGAAACAUAAACCGAAAUAAACUAGCUUCCAAUGG